AUGAAAGCUUUAAAUGAACUCGAUAAUUUCGUUCUUCUCUUCCCCAAUGAAGAAUGGAGUGACAUUGCCACAGACGAUCAGCUCACGAGCGUUAUAUCUCAAUUGAGUCCUAAUGUCUCCUAUGCCGAAUUUAUAUCCGACAAUCUCCAAACGUUAUCAACUCAUAAUGCAGAUGCCAGCGGUGUUAUAGGCGGCUUUCUUUACGUGCCGGAUCUCGACCAGAAACACACAUGCUACAAUAUCUCAGAACAAUAUGUCCCUUCAAACGUUACUCGACGAGCCAACCUCCCCGCAACGGAUUUUACACUGAUUGCGCUGGCACCUUGGAUCAGUAUAGAAUGUACAAAAGGUUAUCUAGCUGCUGCACGACAAGACCCUGUACGAGCUUUCAUCUUCUAUCAACCAGAUAAUAGCACAACUCAACCACCUCCGAUUAGUUCCGAGGAGUGGGCACUUGAAGAUGGUGGAUCAUGGAAGACUACAAAUAAAUAUCCGGUAUAUGCCAUUCCUGGAAGCGUUGGAGCGCGGAUGAUGCGCGAAAUAAGUCUGUACUCUGGCAAUCUUACCGACGUGCCAUAUGGUCAUGAGCUCUCAACAUUCCCCGGUGUCGACCCUCGAGAUUAUGUACGAGUGUAUACUCAGCUGAGCGUGACUCAUGGCACAAAUCUGCCUAGCCUAUGGGAGUUUCUGCUGAUUAUUGUAGCCGCGCUGGCUGUCAUGUUAACCGUCACUUCCGGCUCCAUGCAUUAUCUCCAGAGGCGCCGAAGACAGGCUUUACGGAGACGAGUGGAAAACGGAGAAGUAAACUUGGAGACACUGGGUAUCAAGCGGCUUACCGUACCACAAGAUAUUAUCGAUAAAAUGCCUAUAUUCACAUAUAAUUUUGACGGCAAACAGUUUCCUGUCGCGCACAGAGACUCAACCACAAUCGGGCAGAUCCCUUCUGAUAAAGGACCGCUUGCAGAAGAAAACGAAAUCUCGAUUUGCGAUGAUUCGACAUCUAAGGCACUGUCGCCAGUUGUUAUACCUGACUUAGAAAGUCCAUCGCUUUCCAUCUCACGCCUGGAACAGCGAGUUGUACCAUUUUCCCAACCAAUUUGUCCUAUUUGUUUAGAUGAUUUCGAAAGCGGCAAUACUCCAAUUCGCGAGUUGCCCUGUGGCCACAUAUUCCACCCGGAAUGUAUUGAUCCAUUUCUUAGUAACAAUAGUUCACUCUGUCCUAUGUGCAAGAAGAGUGUCUUGCCUGUGGGGCAAUGCCCACUAGAGAUCACCAAUUCAAUGGUCAAUAGGGAAAGGAAUAUGAGAAGAUUGAGAUCUCGCAUCAUUAUUCAAGAGGACAACCAUGAUGAUGAGGCUGGUCAUUCAAGAUUCCUUGCCCGAAACUUAGCCUCUAGCUUGAAAAGAAGAAUGUUUAGCACCUCCACAGUGCCUACAAACAACUCACAAAUGAUGGUCGGACUACCAAUUUCCACAGGACUUCCACUUAUGACUAGUGCAGUACCUGCGCAGUCGCAGGCUAACAGCAUACUGGGCGUGGAGGUGUUACAAGAGGGACUUUCUCGACAGGAAAGAGCUCAGCAACGAAUCCGCGAGCUAGCAGCACAGCAACCCACAAUAGAGGACCGUGAUCUGGUUUACACGAGGCAACAACCACUUUGGCGUCGAGCAUUCUCGAAAGCUUUCCCUGGCUAUUCUUAG